UCCUCCGCCAUCGUGCGCUGUCUGCCCCCCUCGCCUUCUCGCCAUGUCUUCGCACAAGACUUUCAGAAUCAAGCGAUUCUUGGCCAAGAAACAAAAGCAAAAUCGUCCUAUUCCUCAGUGGAUUCGGAUGAAAACUGGCAACAAAAUCAGGUACAACUCCAAGAGAAGACACUGGAGGAGAACGAAGCUGGGUCUGUAAGGAGUCAACAAUGGCAAGACAGUUUACGCUGAAUCGUGGUCCUGUAUGAGUGUUAUCAGAUGGAGUUCAACAUUUUCAACCCUGAUCAUGUUUAAGUUGGGAGUGGGUUCUCCAGUAAUAAAUUGUGGAGCCUUU